CCUGAGAUGUGGAACACAGUGAUACGAGGUGCUGGCCUGCCCGCCCUCAGUGCUGAGAGGUGGUGACCGACCAGGCCUGUCCCCAGCCCAAGACCCUCCCUUCCCAGGCCCUGGACAGCUCUGUCUUCUGUACCCUCAUGGGUGCUCUGGAAAGCAAGGACUCUGCAAGGUGUUCAUCUUGUUCUGUGGAAAGACAGGCCAUCUGAAGGCACAGGCAGGUAGACCAGGGAAGACACAGCCCUCCUCAGGCUCCGUGUAGCUGACGCUCCAUGUGCUUUAGCAUCGUAGAGGGCCUCAGAAUCCUGUGGUGGCAGGUGGGGGGGGGGGGUUCAGUGUGUCUAACCCACCUUUCAUCCAGAAUCCUCCAAACUGAUUUGAUUGUAGAUCUUUCUUUCAUGCCACUUGCCUUCAAAAAUGCUAUGUCACCUGCUUGAGAUGCCCAGGAAAAUCCCAUCUUCCAGGCGAACUGCUACUUCCAUUCCAGAACCGUGCCUACAUGUCUCAUUUCAUUCUUCCAGGACUCUGUGAGCACACCUGCAUUAAAACUGAUUGCUAUGUGCUCUCGCUGUUAUUUCCUGUGCCCCUUCUGCUGCUGGGUAAGAAUUUUACGAAGUUAAAGACCAGGUUUACCAAGGGUUGUAGCAUGGUAUGUGUGCCUGUGUGUUGAUCCUGGGCAGCCGUAUUGAGGUAUAAUCCACACACCACGCCUUUUUCAAGUGUACUGCCCUGUGGGUUUUGGUGCAUUGCAUCAUGUUUUAAAAUUGUUUUUAAAACUUAUAGUUAAAAUCUAUAUAACAGAAAAUUUAGCCAUUUUAGCCAUUCUAAGUAUAACGUGUAGUGACAUCUUGUGCGUUUAUGUGUAUUGUAUAACCAUCACUACUAUUUACUUUCAGAAUUUUUCAUCUUCUCAAACAGAAACUGUCCAUUCUGUGGUAAUCUAGCAUCCCCGGCACAGCCCCAGAGAAUCUCUUCUCUGCGUGCCAUCUCUGCGAGCUUGCCUACUCCGGCUAACUCGUAUAAUUGGAAUCCUGGUAGUUGUCCGUUUGUGUCUGGCUUAUUUCACUUUGCGUCAUGUUUGCAAGGCUCCCCCAUGUUGUAGGGUGUGUCGGGAUUGCCUUCCUCUUCAAGCCUGAAUAAUAAUCCUUUGUGAGUCCAUAUUGACCUCUCGAUGGGCACUUGGGUGGUCUCCACCUUCGGGCUCUUGUGAGUAAGGCUGCUGGGAAUUGCCGGCGUACAGCAUCUGAGUCCUUGCUCCCUACCCCUUUGGCUCUAACCUGGGAGUGGUCUGCUGGAUCUUGUGGUGAGGCUGUAUUUAACUUUUUGAGGACCAGCACACUGUCUUCCACAGGGGCUGCGCCAUUCUACAUUCCCAUCAGCAAUGUACAAGUUCUGAUUUCUUCGUAAGAUCACCGAACUUAUUUUCCAUUUUUAAAGAUUAUAGGCGGUGAAGGCCCGUCGGUCACUCUGGUGUGACUUUCUGACUGGCACCGUGUGUGACGCCUAACAGACCCUUAAGAAGGUCUGGUGGAGAACUGGAAGCCAGUUCAGGUCUUCCCGAGCAGGGACUUCAUGUCUUCUUGUAUUUGUCAUGCCAGGUCCUGUGCCGUGCUUUCAGUGGGCCUUCAAAAGCAUCGUAAAUAGCAGGGAAUGGAAGCUUGAACUCGGGCUCUGUGUUGAGAAGCCGCAGCUGGGUGUUAAAUUGGGAACGUGCAGAUUAGACCUGCUGAGUGAGGGGGCUGAAGCCUCCCGCACGUGUCUGCAGGUGGCUCCCUCAGCCUCCCGGUGACCGAUUUGGGGGAGUGAACACCCCAGGGUGACUUUGAUGGAAGGCACGGCUCCGGUACCCCCACACAAAGGCAGCCUGGUCCCCAGACCUAUCCCAUAUGCAUCCCAGGACCAGGGCAGUGACGACCGGGUGCACAAGGAGGACAGUGCGCUCGCUCGGUGGGUUGCGGACCCAGCCAACACUGCGUGGAUGGAGAAUCCAGAAGAAGCCAUUUAUGAUGACGUGCCAAGAGAAAAUUCAGACUCUGAACCAGAUGAGAUGAUUUACGAUGACGUUGAGAAUGGAGAGGAAGGUGGGAACAGCUCUUUGGAAUACGGCUGGAGCUCCAGUGAAUUCGAAAGCUACGAGGAACAGAGUGACUCGGAGUGCAAGAACGGGGUCCCCAGGUCCUUCCUGCGCAGUAGCCACAAGAAGCAAAUGCAGAAGCUCAUGAAAGCCGCCAAAGAGGGCACGAAGGACGGGCUCGAGAAGACAAAGGCCGCCGUGAAGAGAGGCCGCUCUCUCAUUCGGACCAGGUCCUUCAUGGCUCCAGAUCACAGACCCUGUCUUGAAGAGGAGCAGAAUUUAUUUAUUGAUGUUGACUGCAAACAUCCAGAAGCUGUCCUCACCCCGAUGCCCGAAGGUCUAUCUCAGCAGCAGGUCGUAAGAAGAUACAUCCUGGGCUCAGUGGUCGACAGCGAAAAGAACUACGUGGAUGCCCUGAAGAGGAUUCUGGAGCAAUACGAGAAGCCGCUGUCGGAGAUGGAGCCAAAGAUCCUGAGCGAGAGGAAGCUGAAGGUGGUGUUCUACCGAAUCAAAGAGCUGUUGCAGUGCCACGGCAUGUUCCAGAUUGCGCUGGCCAGCCGCGUGGCUGACUGGGACUCCGUGGAAACCAUCGGGGACGUCUUUGUGGCUUCGUUUUCCAAAUCCAUGGUGCUCGACGCCUAUAGCGAGUAUGUGAAUAAUUUCAGCACAGCGGUGGCAAUCCUCAAGAAAACGUGUGCUACAAAGCCUGCAUUUCUCGAGUUUUUAAAGCAGUGCCAGGAGUCCAGCCCCGACCGCGUCACGCUCUACAGUCUGAUGAUGAAGCCCAUACAGAGGUUCCCACAGUUCAUUCUGCUGCUCCAGGACAUGCUGAAGAAUACAUCCAAAGGCCACCCUGACCGGCUGCCCCUUCAGAUGGCACUGACGGAGCUGGAAACCUUAGCGGAGAAGCUGAAUGAGAGAAAGAGAGACGCUGACCAGCGCUGCGAGAUCAAGCACGUCGCCAAAGCCAUUAACGAGAGAUACCUGAACAAGCUUCUCAGCAGUGGGAAUCGGUACCUCGUGCGAUCUGACGAUAUGAUAGAAACCGUUUACAACGACAGAGGAGAGAUCAUUAAAACGAAGGAGCGCCGCAUCUUCAUGCUGAGUGAUGUGUUAAUGUGUGCCACGGUCAGUGCACGCACCUCGGACAGCAACACGAUAAUGUCAACCAGCCAAAGGUAUUUAUUAAAGUGGAGCGUUCCUCUUGGACACGUGGAAGUAAUAGAGUAUGGCAGUAAUGAUGGUGCUGGAGAAAACAGGUGUCCCCCUGUGCACUCACCCGAGAGCCUGGCGGUGGUUGCCAACGCUAAGCCAAACCAGGUCUGUGUGGGGCCAGGGCAGCUGUAUCAAGACUUACAGAACCUGCUGCAUGACCUAAACAUCGUCGGUCAGAUCUCUCAGCUCAUCGGGAACCUCAGAGGAAACUACCAGAACUUAAACCAGUCCGUGGCCCACGAUUGGACGUCGGGUUUACAGAGGCUCAUUUUGAAGAAGGAAGAGGAAAUCCGUGCGGCGGAUUGCUGCCGAAUCCAGCUGCAGCUCCCGGGGAAGCAGGACAAGUCGGGGCGGCCCACGUUCUUCACUGCUGUGUUCAGUACCUUCACCCCUGCCAUCAAAGAGUCUUGGAUCAACAACCUGCAGAUGGCCAAGCUCGCCCUGGAGGAGGAGAACCACAUGGGCUGGUUCUGUGUGGAAGAUGAUGGGAAUCAGAUCAAGAAGGAAAGACACCCUCUCCUCGUGGGACACAUGCCGGUGACGGUGGCCAAGCAGCAGGAGUUCAAGAUUGAAUGUGCUGCUUACAAUCCUGAACCUUGCUUGAAUAAUGAGGCUCAGCCGGAUUCGCUGUCCACCGCACACGGCUUCCUGUGGAUCGGAAGCUGCACCAGCCAGAUGGGCCAGAUUGCCAUCGUCUCGUUUCAAAACUCCAACCCCAAAGUCAUUGAGUGCUUCAACGUGGAGUCUCGAAUCCUGUGCAUGGUGUUCAUCCCUGCAGAGGAGCGGCACGCGGAGCCCGAGACCGCGGCCGGGAGAGCACCGGGCGUGCCCACCGUCUGCCUGGGGACCGAGGAGGGGAGCAUUUCUGUGUAUAAAAGCAGUCAAGGCUCCAAGAAGGUGCGUCUGCAGCACUUCUUCACCCCGGACAAGUCCACGGUCCUGAGCCUCGCCUGCACACCCCAGAGCCUGUAUGCCGGCCUGGUCAAUGGCGCCGUGGCCGUCUAUGCAAAAGCAGAAGAUGGAUCCUGGAAUUCCGAACCUCAGAAAGUGAUAAAAUUAGGCGUCCUGCCGGUUAGAAGUCUUGUCACGACGGAGGACACGCUGUGGGCAGCUUCUGGGGGCCAGGUGUUCACAGUCAGCACCGAGACCCACGUGAUAGAGAACCAGCUCGAGGCCCACCAGGAAGAAGGCAUGGUGGUCUCUCACAUGGUCAUCGCUGGCGUGGGGAUCUGGAUCGCCUUCACCUCCGGGUCCACACUUCGCCUCUUUCACACUGAGACACUCAAGCAUCUGCAGGACAUCAACAUAGCCACCCCCGUUCACCAUAUGCUGCCAGGGCACCAGCGCCUGUCCGUGACCAGCCUGCUCGUCUGCCACGGCUUGCUGAUGGUCGGCACCAGCCUGGGCAUCGUGGUGGCCUUGCCCGUCCCGCGUCUGCAGGGCAUCCCCAAGGUGACUGGAAGAGGCAUGGUCUCCUACCACGCGCACAACGGGCCUGUCAAGUUCCUGGUCAUGGCCUCCGCCGCUGUCAGGACAGACAAGGACAAGCCUGCAGACAGCCCACCCCCCGGAGCGGAGCCCCAGGACGAAGAGCAGAAGGAGGCGCUGCCCUGCGAGGGGCCCAGCCUGAGUCCGAGCGGCGCAGACGCCAUCUGGCUGGGGGACUCGCUGGGCUCCGUGACUCACCGAAGCGAUUUCUCCUCGUCCUCUGGGUCGCUGACCCCCUCACAGGGCUCAGGCUCCCUGGAGCCCAGAUCAGAGGAGACCAUGGUCUACGACCUCCUGCGGUUCCCCAGCGUCCUGCCGAGCAGAGGGCGGCGGGCCAGGAGGGCGAAAGCCAGCUCGGUGCUGGUGGCGUGUGGGGGCCAGGGCCACCGGCGGGUGAGCAGGAAGGCCCGGCAGCAGCGCCCAGAGGAGCUGGCCUCCUCUGUCAUGGUCUGGCAGAUCCCCCUGCUGAACGCGUGAGUCGGGGCGUUGGCGGCCGAGGACGGCUCUCAGCUGGGUUGGGUGACCUGGCGGGCUGUAGACUGUCUACACUGGUUGAGGAUGAAUUAGGUCUUUGGGGAAGGCAUGUGCAAUAUCGUUGUGGUGUCGUGGUGGUGGGUUCCUGCCGGCCCGUCCCCUCUGUCCACGCAGAGGCAGGUGCAGCUGCUGUGAGGAGGCAGCACAAGGGGGCCGUCGGGAGCUGCGGGAGGGCACCCCGCGCUCCUGACCGCCGCAGUCCACGUACACGCCCGGGGUGCCCCAGACCGACUCCUGGGCCCUGCUACCCUGAGAAUUUGCAGACUGAGAACGUCUGGGAAGAUAUAGCCUGUUCAGUAGUAUGGACACUUACUAACAAUUCUUAGAAUAAUAACUUUACUUGAUUCAGAGUCACUGCUUUUAUUUAUAUUGUCUGUCUUUAAAUUCUGGAGUAGAGUUUGUAACAAUGAAGAAAGCCAGUGAACACACACCAGUCCAGUGGGUCUGCUGGACUGGUUUGCUUUCUGAAGCGAACUGGGUUUUCCAAAGUGGUACCCUGUGUGUAUUGUAUAUUUUAACAAAGUGGUAUUUUUAUAUUGCUUUUUUUGUCUAUUAAAAAUUAACAGUUAACGUUUCAGUCAAUACAUGAUCUGUAACAUUUCACAAAUAAUGUUUGCUUUGAACCAAAAUGCUCAAAACCUCAUCGACAUUUGUACUCGAGCAUCAACGCCAAACUCUUCCUCCCUCCUCGCGUCCAAGAGUAUUGAUGCCCAUGUUCGAAAAGUGUGUGUUUCCCGGUUGUAGGAAAUGUGCAGAGAGUGCGCUGGCCGGCUCUUUCACGGUGCUAGUCAGUGUGGCUGUGGGACGCGGGCUGAGGCGGGCAGCCCUGCCCUCAACGCGCCCCGUCCCUCAGCCGCAUCUCCCACGGGCGCACAGGCUCUGCUCUGCGCUCACGAAGCCGGUGCGCACGUCCGGGUGUGCGGCUGAGCAGCGAGUCUGUGGCUCCCCACGUGGAUUCAUCCAUCCGUGUUGUACUUACUGAGGGCUUUAAGACCGUUACUGCAGGCGUCACUGGAGGUAAAUUUCUCAGCACUUUACAGAUGACUAAAAAUGCUAAUUUUAUGACCCAGCCAAAUAUUUUCCAAGGUGCAUAUAUACCCCCACCGUGAAAGUAAUAUCUUCCCAAGCUUCCUUACAUUGUUAGUUGCUAUCUUAAAUCAUCAAUAAAGUCUUUUUAUUUAAAAAUACAGUAUUCGAAUUGCCUUUUCUUCCCCCAUGAACCGUGGAGGGGCACUUACGUUCUGUUCUGGCAAGGUGAGUGAUGGCCUGGUGGGCCCUUUGGGAUUCAGGCACACCACCUGCCUGUUUGGGAGUUUGGUACAAACUCCAGAGACUGUCACAACCUGUGUAGGAAAGUAUGCUGUGAUUCGAGGCAGGUGCCGAGAAAUGUUCAAGGACUCACGUACUUGCCAGUUUGUAUUUUGAGUGACAUCAUGAGUGGAACGAAUUUCAUGUAAAAUACAGAAAUAUCUGUUGUAGACCAGGCUCCAUAUUAUUUGCGCUGACUGAAACCGUGGAACUUCUUGGUCUUUCUAUGGGUUAAAUAAAACAGAACUACUCUGAUGUGAAUUUUAUUGAAACCUUGGUACUCAAAGGUGUUUGGUCUUCAUCAAUAUCUCAAAAAACUCAAAACCACUAAGUUUUCUUACAGCAUAAGUAAGUAAAGAAACAAAACAAAACAAAACAAAAGACAUGGCACCCAUUGAGGUUUACACUUAUUUUAGAAUACCGACACAUUUAGACAAAUCUCCCGUGAUGCCGUAUAUUGUACUCACGGGUCAGAAGUCUGGCCGGGCUCUGUGCAGGGAAGGGCCUCCCUGUGGGGCCGUCACUGUCUCUGUGGCCGCGCACCUCCCAACAGAGCGCUGAGCCCCUCCUGGGCGGCAGACGGCUUAGGGACAGCAGGCUGCCUGGGACCCAGGGCCACGCGGGUGUGUCUGUCCCCCCGCUUGCAAGGAGACCGGGAUUCACCACCCUGCCUUGGGGCGAGGCCGGGUUCCCUUGGGCCCCCCAGCCCCGGGGCAACAGCUGGUGGGCCCGUGUGCCUCCGUGUGGGCUUGGCUGCCCGGCAGCGUCCUGGGACCAACAGUGUCUGGCCACGGGUGUGGGUGAGUUUGGGCCAGUGCUGUGCACUGGAUGCGUCCCCCAAAAU